GAGGGAGGAUUUUUCAAGGCAAUUCUGGAGUUUCCGCAGGAAUAUCCACUUUUGCCGCCGAAAAUGAAGUUCAUCUCAGAAAUAUGGCAUCCAAACAUUGGUAAAGACGGAAGUGUGUGCAUAUCGAUACUGCACGAACCUGGUGAUGAUCGGUGGGGCUACGAGAAACCAGAAGAGAGGUGGUUGCCGGUGCAUACUGUAGAAACGAUUCUUCUUUCUGUGAUUUCGAUGCUCGCUGAUCCAAAUCAUGAAUCACCAGCAAAUGUGGAUGCUGCGAAAAUGCUUCGAGAGAAUUUUCCCGAGUUUAAAAAGCGAGUGUCGGCAUGUGUCCGGAAAAGUCAGGAAGAGGGCUGCUGA